AUGACAGACAUUGAUCUGGUGGUAAAUCUCAAGCUUCCAGAAACAGUACUAGUUGAGAAAUGCCUUGGACGAAGGAUCUGCAGCCAAUGUGGGAAGAAUUUCAAUGUACCAAAUAUCAAUGUCAAGGGUGAAAAUGGAAAUCCUGAUAUUAGUAUGGAUCCACUUCUUCCGACUCCACAAUGUGUUUCGAAGCUCAUUACUCAUUCUGAUGAUGCUAAAGCUAUUGUUAGAGAAAGACUCCGUGCAUGCUAUGAGAAGGUACUUGUGGAAUUCAGAAAUAAAGGUGCAAAUCAUGUUGAAUGGGCAAAGGCUUUAAAGGAGCAUUAUGUGCCGGGCUUGAGGAAUUGUGUGUUUGAAAUUUCAACGAAUGCUUAA